UAUAUAAACUGACAAAUAAUUUCAUAUACAUCAAUUAAGGUACCGAUAAAAUCAAAGAGCACAACAAUUGCAAACAUGUACAUAUGAUUUAUAAAUCACUUCAACUGGUAAAUUCCGACUACCUUUCACUCAAAUAAAGAUUAAGAAAUAUAAUGCAAAAAUAGAAAAAAAAAAGGAUAAGAGAAAAGACAGCCACAUGCACCUUCACAUCCGAGCUUAAAACUUAAAUGAACACUAAUCCUCCUUCAACCUUCUCAUCGCCCCGCCUGCCCCCCCCCCCCCAUAAUAGCCACCUCAAACCCUUACCAAAAGCAAGCCCACGCAAUCGUGACAUAUAUAUUAUAAAAAAAAACAUGAUAUUCUGCAGAAACCCAAUGACCCAACAAAACCCUAUUUUUCUCUCCCAUUAUGUGCAACAUUUCAUAUUAUUAUCUAAUUGGAGAGGAGAGAGAAGAAACUCAAGAAAGGGGGGAACAAACAAACAAGUAACUCUGCCAUUCAUUCGAAAUAAAACACUGUAUGAUAAGUGAAAAAUCAUGGGGCCACCUAAUCCCCCUCCAUAGCACCGUCCCAUGCUACGUCUAAUCCACAUUAGUCUAAACACGGAGGUAGAAAAGAAACUACAUCCAUGGUCUAAACUUGCAAGUAGAGCAGGGGCGGCAGAACGUAUUUUCGUUUGGGGGGGGGGGGGGCAAAGCGAAAACACGGCACUUAUCUGCCAAAAAGAGCAUUUUGGUGCAAACGGAUAUUUUCACCAUGAGAUUAUCAUGCGUGUGUUUUGUAUUAAUUAAGUUAAGCAAUCGUAUUUUGAAGUGAUUUCUGAUUGAUAAAAUAUAUAUUAAGGUAUUAUUUUUCGCGAGUGAGCGAAGCGAGAGAGCGGUUUGAAAUUUUUUUCAAAUCUGAAGUUGUAAAACUCGCUUUUAGGUCAAUUAUGGACCUAAUGAUUACUGUUAAAAGGGCAUCCUUGCGAGAUGUUGCGAGCGCGAAUCACGAGCUCAAAAUUUUGGAAAUUUCAUGUAAUAAGCCAUGCAUGAAAUGUAAACAUUCCGAGCAGUUUUUGUAAUCAUAAAAAAGAGAUUAAAAAGAAGCGCGAGCUAAAAUUUUUAAUAUACUAACCAAUAAAGGAACCCUUUGAAUACUGCAUUUAGUGACUUAUGAAUAGGAUACGUGCUACAUAUCUCACCAAUCGAAUAAUACGAGCGCGAAGCGCUAGCUGAAAAUUUGUGAUAUUCUAACCAGAAAACUUGACAUUCUAAGUAUUUUAAUUAACCAGGAACAGAAUGACUACCUUAAUAAAAAAUAAUUGAUGCGAGCGCAAAACACGAACCAAAAAUGUGUGAUAUUCCAACAUGAAAACUAGACAUCAUAAUCAUUUUUGUACGAACAAAGUGAAUACCUUAUACUAAACAAUAAUUAAUGCGAGUGCAAAGCGCGAGCCAAAAAAAUUGUGAUAUUCUCACCUGAAAACUGUAUAUUCUAAGCACAAUUUGUAACCAGAAACAAAAUGAGUACCUUAAUAAACAAUAAUUGAUGCGAGCGCGAAACACGAGCCAAAAAUGUGUGAUAUUCCAACCUGAAAACUGGACAUUCUAUGCAUUUUUGUAACCAUGAACAGGGCGAAUACCUUAUACUAAACAAUAAUUGAUGCGAGCGCAAAGCGCGAGCCAAAAAUUUGUGAUAUUCUAACCUAAAAUGUAUUAUCUUUUACUUUAAAAGGGGUAUUUCAAUUUGAAAAAGGGCACAUUUCAUUUUGAAAAAAGGGCAUUUUCCAUUUUGAAAAAGGGCAUUUUUUCCUACGGGGAAUUUUUUGGGGCACUUGCCCCCUGCCUGCUCCCCGGUUCCGCCGCCCCUUUGGAGUACCAGCUCCGGAAAGAAGUCGGAUGCAGGAAGUGGGUAAACGGUUACAAUGACAUCGCGUUAUGAUUAGUCUGGCCUUAUUUUUUUUUAACUCCUAUAGCUAUCUAUUGGAAAUGACGUACGUCAACUGAUAAAACGUCAGUUUAGAUUCAAGAUAGAAAAUUGAUUAUUUAACACCACUUUCGCUCAGGGAAUGGGCAUAGAUAAGAUAAGCGAGCGGUUGGGUACAUAUGUAUAUACACCUUGCUGCAACAGAUCUACUUUUACAUCGAAGUUGGUCGUCUAGUCAUAACUGAGCCGAUAGAUCAUGCAAUCUAUAAUGAGAUAUACGGUGUUAGCCGUAUUCUGCAUUUGUUUCUGCAAUGUUGCAUUGUCUCAAAACUUUGUGGAAAGUCCCCAGGACCAGACUAUUCGAGAAGGGCAGACCGUUCUCUUUCGUUGCAUCAUCAGGAACCUACAAAGCAACCAGAAUGUCUACUGGUUUCGCCUGUCAACGCGAAGGUUCUUAACGGUUAACCGCAUGGUUCAUUCUCACGUACCACAGCAUCAACGCCUUUCUAUUCUGGGCAACGCCAAUCUUGGAGAGUACCACUUGCAGAUUCGGGACGUUGAGCUCGAAGAUGCCGGCACCUAUCGUUGCGGAUUUGCAAUUCCCAACAUGCAAUUUACCUUCAGAAGUGUCGUGCUUGUUGUGCUGAGGCCACCGAAUCAGGGUUCGCCGAUGUGUGAAUUUUCUCCAGACCGACCAGACGUUGAUGACGUAGCGAUGCUGACAUGCAGAUCCGAAGGCGGUCGACCGCCAGCGAGGCUGACGUGGAGAUUAGGAGAAAGGAACCUUACAGAACCGAAAGAAUCACCCAACAUUCUGUCAGUCGUUGUUAGCGGUGAGCACAACGGACGACAAUUCAUCUGCGACAGCGAGUCUCCUGCAGUAGACGAACCGCGUUUCUGUAGCGUCACUCUUUUGUCGAUUCGUCCCGAUGUUCGAGUCGAGCCUCCUCUUGGCAUCGCUGAAGUCGGAGGAAGUAUUGUCUUUACAUGCGUCGCGUUCGGCCUGCCCGAAAUUGUCCGAUACGAAUGGUUAUUCGACAACAAUCCAGUUGCUGACAUCCAACGAAUAGAGGUAAGCCGAGAUGGCAGAACUUUGAUAAUUAACGAUAUUACACUUGAAGACGACGAAAGUCCUGUCCACUGUACUGCAACUACAACGCAUGGGUUAUCAUCAACUUCAGGAGCUUUGCUCCAAGUCAAAGAAUUAUAUACAGUUGAACCGACUACCAUUAACGCAACUGGUUUUUAUAACGAUACAAUGGGUGAGUUACCUAAUAAAACUUCCGGUGUCAUCAUUGCAAUAAUCGUCAUCGCUGUCAUCGUCGGACAAGUCUUGUUUGUCAUCAUGGUUUAUGCUCUCCAUAGGUAUGUAAACAGGAUGAUGAAAGAUAGGAAAGCAAGACGUCGCUCUGCCCCUGUGAUGAGAGACAUGGAUAUGGGAAGUCCUCCAGAACCGAGAGGGAAAGGUGUCGAUGAUAUGGGAGAGAACAUCUAUGUUGGUGGUGUGAGUCUCAGGCCUAAUGAUCGGAGUGACAUUGACCCAGAAACCGGUGCACCAAGGGUGUUUUAUAGUAGCAUAAAUGAUUCGUCGUUUGAUAGCAUGGGUGAAGGGGUCUAUUCUCAGGGACUUUCAUCUCCUCCUGUGGGUGUUUCUCUAGGUGUAGCUGGUACCCCUGCAGCAUCUCCUCUGGAUGUUCCAGAAAGCGGACAACGUUCCUCGGCGUCCCCUCGCUCGCCAAUUUACAGCAAUGCCGUUGCUCUUGAUCAAAGUAAUCAGUCAUCCCAGGGCCGUCUACCGCCUCCGACAGCGCCACCUACGUCACCGUCCACUGUUUCAGAAUCCCCUUACGGAUACGACUCGGUGCCAUUUGUGGAGGCAGAGGAAGAACCCAGGCGUCCUCCUCCACCCACCGGCAACCCACCACGCCCUCCCGUCGUCGUUACCUCCCCACCACCCAACAAGCCCCCGCCAAGAGUCCCAGCUGAUAAACGCCAGUCCAAUCCAAAAGGUACAGUCCCUGAGAAAAACGAAUACUGUGGAUUGACCCCUGGUAGAACAGAAAGCCGGUACCUCAGCCUUUGCCACUAUGACGAAGCUUACGCUGACCAGGUGCUCCAGCAAGGCGCGAGGUUGAAUGGCGAAGUGUACAAUCCUUACGAUCAUCCGGUGGUGGAUUCCGACGAUGACCACGACGUUGAUGUUGACAAGCACCACGAUGAUGACGGAUACGUGUACGAACUACCGCCUAGUUCUUCAUCACCCGAUGAGGUGUAUGACAUCCCUCCCGACGCUAGCAAACGAGAGUAUACAUUUAUGGGUUCUAACCUUCCCGCAAAAUGAGAAUAUAGAGGAUUAGAUAAUUUAUCAUCACCAACGUAUCAAAUGAAUGACUGAAACUUUUUUUGCAUUUAUAUCGUUAAUUUACUCGAUAUCAGUGGCUGGUCCAUUUGAUGUGUUGUAAAGAGAACCAAACACCAUGCAUGAACCAGACCAGAUCAUAGUCUGUUUCACUUAUUAUAUAUUAUAUUUGUUUUCAUCGUCAAUAUGGUGCAUUUCAAAGAUCAAACAGACAGCAUAUACAUUAACUUUUUCAUUUAAUUUUCAAUACGUUUCUAAAACUUUGACUGUAAGAUGUUCAAUUGAUCAUACACGAAUCCUAUUUGUCACAUCAUAUCGCAACAAUGUUUUUUUUACUUAAUUUUGUUUUUCUUAGAAGGAAUAGAUCAUUAUUAUAUUCUUACCAAUAGAACAAGACAUUGUUUCCAACCGGGUCAAUUAAAGUGAUUAUGACUGAUAUCGGUUCCCUACAUCUGAUAUCCGGCCAGAUAUCCGGAUACAUUUUAAAGUGUUCUUUUCACACGUUCUAUAAGGAUAUUCGUUACCUAAAUGUGAUUAGAUUGUACUUUCGGUUAAGGUCAUAACUGACCUGCACCAAAAAGGGCGGUUCCUGAAGUAGGAAUACAGUUUCAUAAUUCGAUUAUAAUUCUAGUUUUUCCGUUCAGAUUCUGAUUUACGUUAUGGUUCAGAUUGAUUUCAUUCUAUUUCUUUAAUAAUAUUUUGUCGAUUGAAUUUAAUCGUUCUCACAUAUCCAAUAUCGCGAACAUACAUUAGCAAAAUAUGUGAUGCUUCAGUUGUUUCGAAAAUGAUCAGUCAUCAAAGUUUAUUAAAGCAUCUUGCAUUCGGGCAUUACAUAAAGCGACUGCAGUACUGUUUAACCACAAUUAAGGACGAGUGAUUUAGAUAAUUAUUUCAAUGGCAUUCAUGGUCAUAAUUUGUCUUCAUCCAAAAUACAGGUUUGAAAUAGUACUUCAUAUUUGUUUACAUGACAUAAGGUCGAAUUACGUUUGAAAUUAUAGUUCGUGAUAUCUUCCUGAAAGUGAAAGAAGAUUUUUUUUGUCGUCGACUGUUUAGACCUACAAUUGUAGCUUAAUAAUAUAUUCUAAUGCAGAGUUUAAUUAUCAAGAUAGAGUGAGUCACCAAUCAAUACUAGCUGAUUAUUUGCGAGUUUUUGAUGGCUAUUACUUUUAUCUACAAAUCCAUCCAAUUCUCGUUAUUUGACUAAACAGUACUGUAACAGUAGCGUAUCAAGAAAGAAGCAGGGGAGGGGGUCUUGGGAGGGCGAGAUUACCAGGGGCAGUGUACACGGGGGGGGGGGGCGGAGUUCGUGCACUCCCCUAAAUAUAACAUAAUAAAAUAUUAUUUUUAAAGAAAAGGAUUUUGCAUGGUUGGGGGGGUCAGACGUUCUGAGAAGUAGAAAUCUAUUUGCAUUAUUUAUAUUGAAGACUGUUUUUGGUAAAUAACAAAUAAAUAUAUAACAAAAUGACCACCCCUUCGGUGGAGGGGGGGGGGGGCAUCGUGUACAGGCUUGCUGGAAAACUAAUAUUUUGUAUCCAUGCUAAAAGACUCUCAAUUUCUAAAUCGCAAUUUGUAGAUAUGAUCCCCCUAAGUGAAUGUUUUAUGUACUGGUAUUACAAAAGAGUGUUUCAUUAAUUGUGUAAAUGUAUAGAUAUGUGUAAUCUUAGAAUAUAUUUCUUACUAUGCAUUGUGCUUAAAGUGAAUGGCUGGACCAUUACAAUAAUGUAUGUAUAUAUUGAUCGCUAUUUCCGUAUUUGGUCUUUUAUUUUUGCUGAUUGAUUAAAAGAAAUGAUAAGAGUUA